AUUAUGGUUUUUAAGGUUACAGAGGAGGACUGCACAGAGAUUGUAGAGGCUUGCAUUCAGAGUGGUGUCAUGCUCACAGUGUGCCAUGUUCUCCGAUACGACCCUGUCAUCCACAGAAUUAAAGGGCUGAUUGACAGCGGUGUGAUUGGCGAUGUCAUCCACAUUCAACAUCUGGAACCAGUGGGGUUCUAUCAUUUUGCUCACUCCUUUGUCAGAGGGAACUGGAGAAACGAGGCGGAAAGCUCUUUUGCUCUGCUAGCCAAAUCCUGCCAUGAUUUGGAUCUGAUUCAUCACUGGGCUGGUGGACGAAGGUACACUAAAUCUAAUUAG